AUGGCACUGUUGUCUCAUAUUUGCUUCUCUCACUUCUCUUCAAAUGCAUUUUCUUCUCCAUCUCUUCGUUCUGGGAAGACCCUUUUGCGGCAUAGGCAUAAUAGUCCUUGUUCCUCAAUGCCUUCUUCUUGGAUAUCGUUGGAUGAGAGUGGUAAACGAUCCAAGAGAGUGUGGAUAUGGACCACCAACAAGCAGGUAAUGACUGCGGCAGUAGAGAGAGGAUGGAAUACUUUCCUUUUCCCAUCACACCAUCGACAUCUUGCUCAUGACUGGUCUUCCAUUGCAGUAAUAUGCCCACUUUUUGUUAAUGAGGGAGAGGUUUUGGAUGAACAGAAUAAAAGGGUAGCCACUAUUUUUGACGUUUCGAACCCAGAGGAACUAGAGGGACUUAGACCAGAGGAUGAACGGGCAGAGAACAUUGUAGUUAAUUUACUAGAUUGGCAGGUAAUACCUGCUGAAAAUAUAAUAGCUGCAUUUCAAAGAAGCCAAAAGACCGUGUUUGCCAUCUCUAAUAAUACAUCUGAAGCUCAGGUGUUUCUUGAGGCACUUGAACAUGGUUUAGAUGGCAUAGUUAUGAAAGUUGAAGAUGUUGAGCCUGUUCUUGAGCUAAAGGCAUAUUUUGACAGAAGAAUGGAAGAAAGCAAUCUACUGAGCUUGACCAAAGCCACUGUGACACAGAUUCAAGUGACUGGAAUGGGGGAUCGUGUUUGUGUAGAUCUCUGCAGUCUCAUGAGACCCGGUGAAGGACUUCUGGUUGGAUCAUUUGCGAAAGGAUUGUUUCUUGUUCACUCGGAAUGCUUGGAGUCAAAUUACAUUGCAAGCAGGCCUUUUCGGGUGAAUGCAGGACCAGUGCAUGCCUAUGUUGCUGUUCCAGGAAACAGAACAUCAUACCUCUCAGAAUUGAACUCAGGAAAAGAAGUGAUUGUGGUUGAUCAGCAGGGUCAGCAACGAAUUGCAAUUGUUGGGCGUGUAAAGAUAGAAAGUAGACCACUAAUUCUAGUGGAGGCAAAGAUAGAAUCAGAUAAUCAAACUAUCAGCAUCCUUUUACAAAAUGCAGAAACUGUUGCAUUGGUUUGUCCCCCACAAGGAAAUAAUACACUGCCAAAAACAGCCAUUCCUGUGACCUCACUCAAAGUUGGAGAUGAAAUUCUGUUGAGAAUACAAGGAGGUGCUCGGCAUACAGGAAUAGAAAUUCAAGAAUUUAUAGUUGAGAAAUGA